GGGCCAGACGCCGGUGUAUCCACCUUUGCCUCGCGCCCCGCCCCCGCCUCCGCCGCGGCCUCCGCCUCCUCCUCCUCUAUCUCCCGCCGUCGCUGCCACCCCUUCCCGGCCCCGGGAGCGGCCGCGGAGCCGCCGCCCAGAUCUUGUCGCGCAGGAGGCGGGAUCCGCACGAAAUAAAUCAUAAUGAGUUAUGCAGAAAAACCCGAUGAAAUAACCAAAGAUGAGUGGAUGGAGAAGCUCAAUAACUUACAUGUUCAACGAGCAGACAUGAACCGUCUCAUCAUGAACUACCUAGUUACAGAGGGCUUUAAGGAAGCAGCAGAGAAGUUUCGGAUGGAGUCUGGGAUUGAACCAAGUGUCGACCUAGAAACACUUGAUGAGCGAAUCAAGAUUCGGGAGAUGAUUUUGAAGGGUCAGAUCCAGGAGGCCAUUGCCUUGAUCAACAGCCUACACCCGGAGCUCUUGGACACAAACCGCUAUCUUUACUUCCACCUUCAGCAACAGCACUUGAUUGAGCUUAUUCGUCAGCGCGAGACAGAAGCAGCGUUGGAGUUUGCCCAGACACAACUGGCAGAGCAGGGAGAGGAAAGCAGAGAGUGCCUCACAGAAAUGGAGCGUACAUUGGCCUUGCUGGCCUUCGACAGCCCUGAGGAGUCGCCUUUUGGAGACCUCCUCCACAUGAUGCAGAGACAAAAGGUGUGGAGUGAAGUUAACCAGGCUGUUCUGGAUUAUGAAAAUCGAGAGUCCACACCCAAGCUGGCAAAAUUACUGAAACUGCUACUUUGGGCUCAGAAUGAGCUAGAUCAGAAGAAAGUAAAAUAUCCCAAAAUGACAGACCUCAGCAAAGGGGUGAUUGAGGAGCCCAAGUAGAGCCUGUGUGUGGACCCAGUGUGUCAACCGGCACAGGACUCGUUCUCCUCCGGCUGUGACUGGCAGAUCGUCACCACAGUAGAGAACCUUUCCCCUGUACUUUCCUUUGGCCUUUGGAAACCCUGGCAAACCAUGAUGGAGACACCACCUCUGCCGUGCCCUGUGUGCUGAGGGUUACACGGCUGCUGGUGACUGCUCCAGUGCUGCAGCGCUGCUGGGCUCUGCAAGAUCCGGCUUGCUGCUGUGUGCUACACUGCUGGGCGUGCCAUUUCAGCUGAGGCCUCACACUCAAAGAAUAUGAUCAGCA